AUGACUAAAGUAUUUUUUCCUAUAUUAUAUUUAUUAACAAUUUUAAAUAUAUUAAUAUUGUGUGAAGAAAAUGAAUUAACUAUAGAAAAUGAUCAAGACAGUAAUUACAAUUAUACAAAAGUAAAACUUAAUGAAGGAUGUACAUUACAUAAUACUUGUAGUAUAAAUGAUGAAAAGAAAAACUUUAUAUCACAAAAUGAAGAAUUUCAAAGUAAGUUAUUUAGUAAUAAUAUAGAAAAUGAAGAAGAAGAAUUAUCUGAUUAUUUAAAUAUGUUUAAUAAUGUUGAUGAGAACUCUAAUAAUUCUCCACAUUGUCAGACAGACUUAUCCCUAAUAGAAAGUCUUCAAACAUUAACAGAUAUUACAUCGGGUAAUGAUACAUUAUAUAGUAUAAUACCUGAUAACAUUUCAGAAUCUGAUGUAGAAUUAAUAAAAGAUGAAGAAAAUGAAAUUCUUGAAAAUUUAAAUGACAAUGAAGUUAUAAAAGAAUUAUUAAUAAAUGAUAUUCAAAGUGAUGUUGAGGAAAAUAAUUUAGUGGAUAAUCACUUGAAUAAUAUGGAAAAUAUAAAUGUUAAUUAUAAUUUAAAUGAUAAUCUUAAUAUGAUUCAUAAUGUUAAUAAUGAUAUUAAUGUUAAUAUGCAUAAUAAUAUUGAUAAUAACCAGAAUGUUGAUAUGAAUAAUAAUAAUGUUGAUAUGAAUAAUAAUAAUGCGGAUAUAAAUAAUAAUAAUAAUGCUGAUAUAAAUUAUAAUAAUGCUGAUAUAAAUGAUAAUAAUGCUGAUAUGAAUAAUAAUAACGUAUAUAUAAAUUAUGAUGCUAAUAAUGAAAAUGAAGAGGUAAUAAAUGAAGGAAUGAACCAAGAGAAAAUGGAAGAAAAUAACGAUGAGUAUAUGGAUGAAAUGAUGGAAACUUAUGAAGAUAACGAAAAUGAAUAUAACACUGAACAAAAGGAAAUAUAUACAGAAGAACCAACUUCAUCAACAAACGUGGAACCGGAAAAAGAAAAUGAAAAUGAUAAUAAUGUAUACUCGAAAAAGGAAUACGAAUAUAUAAUAGAUACAGAUGACACAGAACACAUGACUGUACAACAUGGAGAUAAAACGUUGUCACUUAUUAAAAUUAAAAAGGUAGAGAAACCAACUGGUAAGGAACCAGAAAAUAUAGGACGACGUAGUAGAAAAAAAGGAAGUAUGCUGGAAUUCACUGAACAAAAAAAAAAAUUAAAAGGUCUAGUAGUAAUGCCUCAUGAAAUGUAUGACUUACAUAAAGGCAAAGGUAAAAAUUUACCCAAACAAUGGGAAUAUGAAUUUGAAGAAUUUAGUGAUGACGAUAGUGAUGAUGAAAGUGAUUUUGAAAGUGAUGACGAAGAUGAUGAUUAUGAGGACGAUGCUGAAGAUGAAGAAAAAGACGAUGUUGACGAGCAGCUAAAAGAACGAGCUGAUGAGGAGGAAGAAUAUCAAGAAGAUGACGAUUAUGAAGAUAUGGAAGAUGAAGAUGAAGAAGAUGAUGAUGAUGAGGAUUUAAAAUAUGAUUUCUUUGAUGAUGAAAAUUAUGAAGACGAUGAGUAUGAUGAAGAUAAUUUUGAAUCACCAGAGGGAGAAGAAAAUGCAUCCGAAAAUAAUUUUAAUAGAAGAAAUAAGCAAAGAAUGGAUAUAUUGAAUAUGAUUUUAAUGAGAGAUAUGUUAUCUAAUUUGGAUGAAAAUAAUGUCUCUUUUGAUGACCUAAAUGAUAUAUACGAUUUCAUGAAUAAAUGA